AUGACGCCUCGUCGUUCCUCGCGGGCUCGCACCACCCAGCCCUCGCCGGCCCUCCUCCAGCACACCAACUCCUCUAGCUCCAACAACUCUCUCACUCGCGAGCGAAGCACCCGAUCAAAUCAUAAAAACCCUUCCCCGCAUGACUCGUCCGGUCAUCGCUCGCAGUCCAUCGACGAUGCCGAAAAUGGCUCAAGAGCCGACCUCCCACAUACGCGCCAGCGCCAGCGCACCCGUGGUGACAAUGAUGGAUCUCAUCGCGAGGAUGACGAUGAGGAUCCUGAGGAGGAUGAAGAGGAGGAGAUCACCCGCUGUCUCUGUGGGCAGCAGGACUACCCUGAGGACGGCAUUCCCCCCACAGAUUCGUCCGACCUGCUGUCCGAUGAUAUUGGGAGUAUGUUCAUUCAAUGCGAUUCUUGCAAAGUGUGGCAGCAUGGUGGCUGUGUGGGCAUCAUGGACGAGGAAAUGAGUCCCGACGAAUAUUUCUGUGAGGAGUGUCGAAAGGAUUUACACAGGAUCCGCGGUGAAUCCAACGGCCAGCGCUCCUCUACCUACCUUCCCGUCGCACCCGCAUCAUCACCUGCGCCGUCUUCCCGGGCCUCUUCGCGAGAUACUUCCCGGCGCUCCAGGGACCCCAAGUCCCAAGGCAGCGAUGGUGCGUCGAAUCCGAAACGGCGAUCGACCAUGAACAGCCGGGACGCUGCCUACGAUGAGGAAGAACUGAUCCGACGAGUGAUUGAAGAAAGCAAAGAAGAUACGAAGAGUAUUACCGAUGAAAUGGCCCCGCGUUUGAACAAGCGAAGCCGAAGUGAAAGUGAAUCACAAGGCUCCAAACGCCCCCGAACAACCUCUCCUUCGCCUACAGCCGUGUCAAAGCAGAGCCUUCCACCUUCCCAACCUCCGUCCGAUGAUGAGUCCAAGUCGAAGGUGACCAACGGUACACGACGACAAAGAGCAGCUUCUCGAGGCCAGCGCGACAAUGAGCCGACCAAAGAGCCCGAGGAGCCUGAGCCUGAAGUCCCGGAGACGGCCACCCGCCGGAAAGAACGAUCUAACCGGCGCAAAGGAGAUGAAUCCGAGAACGACAUUGGUUCCCCAACCAAGGCUGCAGCACCAGCCCCUCCGCCUCCCGAGCCUGAGCCGUCCCAGGCGAGCCCGAAUACUCCCACCCCUCAAGAGCCGACGCCCGCACGACCAUCGACACGGAAAUCUGGACGUCCCCCAGCUCGCCGCGGCGGUCGAGUCGGACGCAACCAAUAUACCAAGGACCGGGACACGAAUGGGAACGGCACCGAGUCCCCGCGACGGGGUCAAUCCCACGACAUUGGAAGUGACUCGCCUCGAGUCGGAUACGCCGGUAUGAACGGCACACAUAUGAAUGGCGGAGAUACGGGCCGGCCCAGUAAGCCGCGGCACAUGCACCCGCAGCGCACGACGAUGAACGAGAUGAAGCGGCGUGUUGCGGCCAUCUUGGAGUUUAUCUCGCGCAUGCAGGUCGAGAUGGCUGUUGCCAGCGAGAACUCGUCAACGCCAACAGGCAACGGUGAUCGAGCGCAAGGUCUGCUAUUGAAGAGCAUGGUCGAGCAGAUCGACAGUGCAAUGGCAUCCACCAUCAGUGAUGGCGGCGAGUCUGUGCCGGCGCUGACUGAUGGCGAUGGCGAUGCACCCUCGACAUCGGCACACGAAAAGGACUUUAAAGACUUGAGCAGCGUUGAGAUGAUGGACGUGCUCACGCGUCACCUGCUCAAGUGGCAGCAGGAGUAUGGCAAGUUCGGGGAGCGAUAG